GAAGCGCGAGCCGCAGCCGCUCCAUGUCGUCCCGGUGCUGAUCGUCUGAUACCGUACCGCGCGCGCGCUGCGCUGACUUUGCACUCUUCUCGCGCGCAGCUCUGCGGCUGGAAGGUCUAAGGGAGGCUUACUCUGCAGACAGUGAGGCUGAAGAUGGGCUCUCCUCACUGGGUUCGGAGCUCUGGGCAGCCCUGGAGUGGUGCUGGAUCUCUGUGGGGCUGGGCAGUGUCGAGGCUACACCUGGACUGGACAAUCAGGUUCUUUCAGGAGGAUGAGGAGACGCUGAUUCUGACCCACAGUGAUGAGUUGAACAGAACCUAUCGUGAGGACAACAGAUUGCCUUUUGACAACAUCCCAAAGAAAAAUAAUACAAGCCCGGACGACACCAGAAAAAACAGGUCGACUCUGACUGAGCAAGAUAUUCCCGGUAUGAGGGAGAGACCAGCUCCUAACCUGACGGGGUCCACCAGCACCUCAUGGCAGGAAAGUCCAGCUUUUAAAGAUACCAAAGCUACUGCAAUCUCCUCUGGACCCAGUACCAUCACCAUAACAUCUGCCGUCCCCACGGCAGACCCCCUUUGGUUCAAAAACACCAGAAGUUGUGGCAAAGGAAGAUCUGGGAUGCGAGCUGAUAAAGAGAAGAACGCGAGUUUCAACCAGAACCAGGGUAGCAUGAGAAGAUCCAAGAUGUUCAGAGUGACCACGCAAAAGCAUAGACUUUCCAAAGAUGGAGACGACAAUAAGGAAGGAGUGGAGACUGUGGCGGGGACUUCUGAGUUCUUUAAAAGCCUUGAAGAAGAGAGGGCAACGAUGAGUUUGGCUAGUCCAGAUCAGAUCCACAGUGCCGACACCAGAGGUCCGAAUCCUACUGCCACCAUCACCGCCUGGGAGGCCGGCUGGAAUGUCACAAAUGCUAUACAGGGUAUCUUUGUGUUGGGUUUACCCUUCGCUCUGGUCCGGUCUGGUUAUGUGGGUCUUGUUCUUCUGGUUGUGUCGGCCUGGGUCUGCAACCACACAGGGAGGAUCCUGGUGGCCUGUCUGUAUGAAGAGGAACAAAGUGGAGCUGCCGCCCCGGUGUCAAAGGUCAGAGUCCGACACAGCUACCAGGACAUCGUGGAGGCCUGCUGCAAAGGAUUGUGGCCCAACUGGCCUGGAUUGGGAGGGUGGAUGGUUAAUGUAGCUCAGCUCAUUGAACUGUUAAUGACCUGCACCCUGUAUCUAGUCGUCUCCACCAGUUUGCUGUCUGACAGUCUGUCAGCGAUGACUGUUCCCAGAUCAGUGUGUUCUUUGAUGUCUCUGAUGUUCCUGCUGCCCUGCCUGCUGCUGACUGAUCUCAGACCCGUCUCCACCCUCAGCCUGCUGUGCUCCCUGGCUCACAUACUGAUCAGUCUCUCGGUCAUGUUGUACUGUCUAAGUCGAGCCAGCAGCUGGUCCUGGUCCUCUCUGCGUCUGGCUGUGGACCCGGAGGAGUUCCUCGUCUCUGUGGGCGUCAUCAUCUUCUCGUACACCUCGCAGAUCUUCCUCCCUCCUUUAGAGGGCAGCAUGGAGGACAGAGGGCAGUUUGAUGCCAUGCUGGGGUGGACUCACGGUGCCGCCUGUGUCAUGAAAACUGUUUUCUCAUUACUGGCCGUGUUGACCUGGGGGGCAGAGACCAGGGAGGUCAUCACGGACAACCUGCCCUCUGACCUCCGACCUCUCGUCAACCUGUGUCUGCUGGCAAAAGCCCUUCUGUCCUACCCUCUGCCAUUCUACUCUGCUGCGGAAAUACUACAAACCUGCCUGCUUGGAGAUGCCGUCGUCUCAUCCAAACACGGAGGUCGAGGUGUGUCACGUCCGGCCCUGCUGGUCCGCGCCGCCUUGCUGAUGACAUCAUACCUACUGGCCCUGCUGGUCCCCAGGUUCUCCCUGUUGAUGGGUUUGACAGGCAGCGUGACCGGGGCGGCCAUGACGCUCAUACUGCCAUGCCUGUUUCACCUCAGGCUGCAGUGGGGUCGCAUCACCGCGAGGGAGCGGCUGAUAGAUGUGUGUAUACUGAGUCUAGGGGUCAUUUGUAGUGUGUCUGGUGUGAUUUGCUCAGUGAAAAGAUUGGUGGAAGGACUGUAGGAGAGGUGGAUGAUGGUUUGAUGGAUGGACGAUGAGUAGAAAGGUAAUACGUGGACAGGUUCAAG